AUGGCAAAAGCUUAUGAUAGGGUAUCCUGGAGCUAUACAUGUAUUAUGCUGAGAAUAAUGGGAUUCAAUGAAAGAAUAAUUGACAUGAUAUGGAGAACUAUGGGAAACAAUUGGUACUCAAUAAUCAUCACUGGCACUAGAUGUGGUUUUUUUCACUCUACCAGAGGUUUGAAACAAGGAGAUCCACUGGCCCCAUCCUUGUUUAUCAUAAGAGUUGAACUUCUUUUUAGGAUGCUCAACAACCUCACCCAUGAUCAAUUCUUUAAUGGUUUAUACAUAGAGUGGAGGGAUCCACAAAUCAACCACCUAACCUUUGCCGAUGACAUCAUAAUCUUCACAUCAGGAGGUAGAGCAUCAUUGCAGAAGAUUAUGGAGAUUCUCAACAAUUAUGAACACACAUCUAGGCAGCAAAUCAACAGGCAAAAAAGCCACUUCAUGGUUUCUCCCCCUGCAUUCCCAGCUACCAUCAGAGGAGUUCAGCAGAUCACAGGCUUCACCAAGAAAGAAUCUCCCAUUACCUACAUGGGGUGUCCAUUAUACAUAGGAAGAAUGAGAAUAGUAUACUUCAAUUCUCUGGUAGCCAAGGUGAUAAGCAGAAUUAAAGGGUGGCAAAGCAGAAUCCUCUCUUAUGGAGGCAGAGCCACUAUGAUUAAGCAUGUUCUCCAAUCUAUACCUACACAUCUGUUGUCAGCCUUAACGCCAUCACCCCCUCCCAAAACUAUACUGAGGCGGGUCGAGAAGUUAGCAGCUAACUUCUUUUGGGGAAUGGAGAAAGAUAAAAACAUAUACCACCGGGCUUCUUGGCAAAAAUUGACAUUUCCAACUGAAGAAGGAGGUGUUGGCAUCAAAUCAAUGGAAGAUUUCUGCCAAACCAUGAAAUUCGAAAAAUGGUGGCUUUUCAGAACUAAAGACUCACUAUGGAGCAAGUUUCUCAGAGCUAAAUAUUGCCAGAGAUCAAAUUCCAUUUCCAAAAAAUGGAACUCUGGGCAAUCACAAAAAUGGAAGAAAAUGAUGAUUAAUAAGAAAGAAUCUGAAAAACACAUCACUUGGAGACUACAUUCUGGUAGCUGCAAUUUUUGGUGGGAUAACUGGUUGGGAGAUGGUGCUCUUUAUUAG